AUGCCACACCCCACAUGCAGCAACACCCACCGAAGAAACUACAAGCAGGGGAACGAAACCACUCGUCUCCCCCACACACAUAUAUAACGGCCCGUCCACUCGAUCUCCACUGACAAAUGAAGCUCUCCUCCUCGUCGCACCACCUGCUGCUUGAGAGCUCCAACCUCACCCUCUCGCCGCACCACCGCAACACCGCCGUCGUUACACGGAUGCUGUCCUCUCACUGCGAGAACAUGCUGCCGUACGCGCCGGGGCGGCGGGCGGCGGUGCUGCUCGACCACCGGCGGUACCGCCCCAACGUCGUCGAGGUGGCGCCCAGCUGCCCGCGCUGCGACUCCCCCAACACCAAGUUCUGCUACUACAACAACUACAGCCUCAGCCAGCCCCGCUACUUCUGCAAGGGCUGCCGCCGGUACUGGACCAAGGGCGGCUCCCUCCGCAACGUGCCCGUCGGCGGCGGGUGCCGGAAGAACCGCCGGGGAAAGCCGGUGGUGCGAGCCGUGGCCGUCGACGCUGCCGUGGCGGCGGCCAGCGGUGGCGCGUCGGCGUUGGCGAACCGGUCGUCGUCGUCGUCCCCCGCCACGCUGCGGCCGGACUUGCUACUGGAAGGCAUGAUCGGCAGCCCAGUCGGCCUGUGCCAGCCGACGGACGACGACGCAGCCGAAAUUCCGGCCGUCGUGGCGCCCGAGGGAUCCACGAUCGACCUGGCGCUGCUGUACGCCAAGUUCUUGAACCAUCAGCCUGCGGCUGCGGCCGAGCCGUGCGCCGCCGCCGUCGUGCCGGAAUCGCUCGACACCUUGAGCGGGUCGUCGACGUCGGGCGACGUGAGCCCCGUCGUCGUCCCACCGCGGGACCAGCAUCAGCCGUUCACGACGCAAGAUCACGGCGGGUUUGGCGAGCUGUCCGCGACGACGGCGAGCGCGGAGCCAAGCGCCGCCCCGCCACAGCGCCCCGCCGACGACGCGUGUGCGUGUGCGGCGGAGGCGCUAAUUGGGGCGCUCAGCGUGGACCCGCGCUGCUACGACUCGCUGGGUUUGCCACCGGACGGCGGGGAUCUGGUCCUACCGUCGACGUGGCAUCUUGGGACCAAGUACGAGCCGUUCGAUCCGCUACCCGAGGACGCCAUGAGCCUUCAGGACGGCUUCGCCGGCGACGAGGACGUCUGGAGCAGUGCGCUGGCUUGUCAAGGGCUGGAAGCAGCUCUGUGCAGGCCGUGAUUUUUAACUCCACCCUGUUGAUUUUCACCGUGCUUGUGAUUGUUUUUAAUGCACUCUUUUAUUUUUCCUGGUUGUGAUCAUGUUCAGGAGUAAUUUAUAUAGACCAUAUAUAUACAGCAUGUCCAGAUCAUGGAUUAUGAAGGGAUCAACGGGAAUACAUGUGAGAUAUAGAAAGAAUGUAAUAAAAAUUCGACACUUUGUUUUGACACUUUUUCUGUUCCUUUUAUUUUGUUGCGAAAAGACACUUUCUCUGUG